UAUUAUCGAUAACAACUCAACCUGUCAAAAAACUUUUGGUUGUAUUUAUAUCGUCUUACAACUUUUUUGUGGUAUUUCCGUUUACCACCCUGUACUAGUUCGGUUGACAAAAGUAUCGAAAAUCGACAACUCAUUACUAGCAGUUGUUUUGAACAAAUUUUUAAGCGAAUAUGGAAAGCGGGUAAUUAAAUUUUUAUAAUUUGUCUUAAACCAAUAUCUUAAUCAGGAAUUUCUUACAAAUUUGUAGAAAAAAUAAAGUUACAACGAAACAACAGUUUGAAAAACUAGUUGAGCUGAUGGAGAAGCAUCCCGAAACUGGACGAGGCAAGCAGCAAAAGUAAAAGCAAGGGAUUGUGGGAGCAAUUUGCCAUAGAGCUAAACAGUUUAGGACCAUCAACAAGAACUGCGCACGAGUGGGGACGAGUAAGAAGUAAUCAUGGAAUUACACCGAAGGCGCAAGGCAAAUUUAAAAAGGAAGCUUGCCAACAAUCGCAGCAAUAUUCUUGCAACUGGUGGUGGUCCGUCGCAAGAGGUUUCUUUAAAUCCACUAGAAGAAAGUGUUGCGGAACUUUUUCAGAUAAGGGAACAAGUUGCACCCAGUGGCCGGGCGCUCGGUGUAGAGAAUAUACCACCGGUGAUGGAUGACGAAGAAAUAGAAGACGGCUUAGUGGCAGCUUCGUCCAUGGUUGAUGAGCCCCAGGUAGCAAACUUUGAAGAUCGGCCUUCUUCGUCAGCAUCGCGUGUACAAAAUCGCCGCAGAAGCUGCAAUUUAGAAACUGAGCGUCUAGAGCUCCUAAAGAUGCAGGCAGAAACGCAAAAAGAGGUACUAAAAAAAAUUUAUAGAAUGGAAAAGACGGCGAACAAAAAUUAGGACAUUAAUAAAAAAUUGCUGCACAUAAAGCAACAAAAAUAUAAAUUGUUCGAAAGGCAGGCUAGGGAAGCCCAUGUACUACAUUUGUUGAAGGUAGAGGUUGAGCAAUUAAAAAUAGAUAAAUUAAGAGGCUAUUUGCAAGAAGAGAACAGUUCGUGAAUGGAGAACUGAUGUUUGUGUGAGAAACCUUGAAAGGCUUUUAAUUUAAUAAUUUGAAAUAUUUUUUAAUUUAAUUUUACAACAUGAAGUAAUAUU